CUUUCAAACCAGCCAAAGACAUCCUCUUGUCCAUCCCAUGGACUGGUUUUCUCCCGUCAUGCACUCCGUCUUCUAUGGACAGAAUGCUUCAAGAAGUCCAUAGAAGCUGGCCGCUCAUCUCUCAAGCGGUAUUCGUCUUGGCCAGAACGACAAAAACUUCCAGCGCUCUCUUGUUCGCGUCAAUUGAACUUGAAACUCUGGUCAGUAUAGACCAAGGUCCGAGAGAGCUGAGGAGAUACGUGAGGCAGUGCCAAACAUGAUCACGGGGUGCAAAUAUUGACUUUCAACCACAUAAGAUCAUGAUUUGGACCACCGCUAUUCUGUGCCUGGAUCUGACCUCGAGGCUGAUUUUGGAUUGCACUCAAAAUUGUGCUAAUGGCACGGCUUUGAUCCAGCACUGGUUCCAUUCUGAGGAGGAAAUGUUCCUCAAGAGCUUGGAUGACGGUUCAUAUUUUUCCAAGAAGAUCGGGGAAGCCAAGCAGGACUUUCAAAACCAGACCUUCAGUGAUUUCUACAGCAACCUGUGGGAUGUGUAUGCCAAGGAUCACCAGGUCAAUGGAACCAUGCCCAAAAUCCAAUUCAACGAUUCCGUACACAACUUCAGUGCAUUGGAGCAAAACAACGAUUCCUUAAUCUUCUAUUUGGAGGUCCAAAACGUGACUGAUUUGAGCUCGGAGUAUUUCUUCAAAGAUGAGGAUGACGAGUGGUCUUCGGUGGAACAAGACACAGAAUCCAACGAAAGCGGAACGGAACCAAGACGGCCAAGAAGGCGGAAACGACCUCGUCGAAGGCAUCGUUUCAGAACACACAAACUCCCACAUCGAAGCUUUCGCUUCAGAUCGAAAUUGACUCCCAAAACAAGACGAAAGCUGGAUUCCAAACGAAGUAGAAGGAUUUCCAGAAAUCGUCAGCCUCAUGCUUUUGUCAAGUACAAAUCCCGACUGACUCCUCCGAGGUCGCAAAGAAGAUUUGGAUUGGAAGGCCGUAAGGACGAAACUCCGAACGAAGGCAGGUCCAUUGACUUAGCAAGUGAUCGCCGAGAUACGGGUAUUAAGAACAUUAUCACCUCGUUCUUCCCGGCUUUUCUCACUAUUAGUAGUUUGCUUGGCUUUGGAGUUGGAACUCUCUUUGGGGAUGAUGAAAAUUCUAUCACGUUCAAUCCAACAAUAUCCUAUGCUGGUGACAACAUCACUUUUACCGUCACUGAUACAGAUACAAUCACCAAUGGGAACGAACAAAGGCAAACAGCAUCAGCCACAAACGAUAUCACUAAUACGGAUAACAACGUGAUCCAGACAUCCAUCAUUCCAAUUGUUAUUAACACGGAUGGGACGGUCACGGUUAUGGGUCCAAUCAACGGCAUCGGACGCUCUUUCGCGGAUCACCUGACUGGUGAUGCCAAAUAUCGAGUCAUCAACAGACGGGAAUUCGCCUAUGGAACCCUGCCAACUGAUGCGCUCAAUAGAAUCACGGAUUUCUUUGGUGUUCCUGUCGAGUUCUUUAAUGAUGUCUCCGACACCAAUUCUAAUGAUGAUGAAGCGGAAGAGUUGGAUCCACGGUCUCAAUCCAACCAAUCGGGUCCUAUGCGUCACAUAGUAAACGCUGUUCAAACCUAUGUGUUUGGAUAAAUACGAGGUUAAAUAUGAAUUUACUGUUCCCAUGUAUCCAAAAGGUAGAAAAUAAAACCAAUAUACUUGGACCAAAAUCA